AGGCAGAUAUAUACGGCAGGCGGAAAAAAUACGCGCCUAACUCCAUAACAGUGGGGUGGACUAUCAGAAAAGUUGGGACAUUGCCGUAAACAUUUGCUUUAGAUUGGAAUUAAACUGUGGAUAAAUGUACCUGUCAACCAAAACGUGUAUCUAAAGAUAAAAUACUAUCGGUUGUCGUCGUUCGCACUGCUAGCGUUAGCUCGGUAGCAACUCUGUACAGCUGGUAGCGACAACGAUCCAGCUGAUUCAAACAGCACAGCGCAGGGAGGCUCCCGGGUUUGUUUUCUUCUCACGUCCAGAAUGGAUCCCGAUAGCCCACAUAGUCCAGACGGAGAGACCGUCAUGCCAGACCAGAACCCCAAAUACCAGAGGAGUCUGAGGAGCCUAAACGUGCUCGCCACGAGGUUUGUCAGGUUGUUACAAGAAGCUGAAGGCGGCGUGCUGGACCUCAAAGACGCUGUCAGGGUCCUGGCUGUCGGACAGAAAAGGCGAAUAUAUGACAUCACGAAUGUGCUGGAGGGCGUUGGUCUGAUUGUGAAAAUGUCCAAGAGCAUUGUAAAGUGGAAGGGUACAAUGCCAGGCGAAAAUGGACACCAGUUAAACAAGAGAAUGAUAGAGUUAAAGUCUGAGCUGGAGGACUUGGAGCAGAAGGAACAUAUGUUGGACCAGCAGAAAUUCUGGGUUGAACAGAGCGUCAGGAACACAACAGAAGACUGCAGCAAUCUGACCUAUGUGAAUCAUGAAGACAUCUGCAACUGCUUCAGUGGCCAUACUCUCUUGGCAGUGCGAGCGCCAUCUGGCACUCAGCUAGAUGUUCCCAUUCCCAAAGCUGUCCAGAACAGCCCAGCAAAGUACCAGAUCCAUCUGAAAAGCACCAAUGGGCCGAUAGAUGUCCUACUUCUUAACAAAGGCUCUGUCAGCUCUGAUCCUGUCGUACUGCCAGUCCCACCGUCUGAAGAAAUUUUACGGAACGCCAAAUCAGCCAUGUCCACUUCAUAUGAGACAGAAAGCAGUAUUACACCUUGUCAGGCUUCAGCUAAUACCAAACAUAGCACCAGAUCUAUACGAACGGCCAUGGAGGACACGCGGUGUCUUCAGGCAUCGUCGUUUCUAAAAGCUGUGCCUAACAGGACUGAUGCAUCUGAAUUGCGAGAUUUAUCAAAAGACCGGGGGCACCUACUACACCCAACCAAAGAAAUAAUGAAUGCAGAUCUAAUCACAGAGCUUAUGGCCUCUGAAGUUUUUUCUCCGCUCCUUCGACUGUCUCCGCCCCCAUCUGAACAUGAAUACGUCUAUAAUCUGGAUGAGAGUGAAGGCCUAUGUGACCUCUUUGACAUCCCUGUGCUCAAUGUUGGACCAUGAACUGUGUUAAGACUUCAACACAGGAAGUGUUGAAGACUUCUAACUCCGGAAAUGUACAUAGUAGUCUGUUUUUAAAUAGUUAUUUGAUUAUGACAAAUAAUAAACAAAUGAUUUUGAA